GCAAAGGGAGCAGAAGCAAUGAAGACUGAAUCUACAUAUAUAUAUUUUCUUUUCUCUUAAUCAAAAAGCGGUUUUAGUUGUUUAUUGAAGGAGGAAUGAGUAACGCAGCACGAGCUCAUGGUCGUGAGAAGAAAAACACAGACUCGAAGUAGACAGGGGGCUGGGAGUGGGGCGGUGCUAUGAAGAACGUGUAUCUACUCAAAUUCAGAGUGUUCUGUUCAAGGUUUUCACAAGUCGGUGUUUACGGCAAAGCUGAGCUACUUCUGAGUGCUUCCUGCACUGCUGGAGCAGCUCUCUGAGAGGAUGUUUUUGUCUCUCCGGCUCACACCUGGAACAAGGAAAGACUGAGAGAGCUUUUUCUUGUUUUGUUUCGAAGUGUCUCUUUGUUUGACACAAGGACCGUGUCACUGUAUUUAUUACCUACCUGACACUGGAAUAAGCGUUUUUCUCUCGAUAAACGGACUUAUCAUCACGCGCUACUUGUGUCAGGCUCUACUGCGCGAGAUCACUUUGUUUGGUUUGUCAGCUGCGCGGAAAUCUUGAAGAAACUUAGCUGUCAGGAAGCUGCGCUUUUUUAUUUCUUUUUGCACACGGUUUCCAAAAAGCACUUCACAUUUUUGCUGACCUUAUGCUUUUUAAUAUAGAGAUUUUUUUUCUUAAUCUGACAAAUUAAUCAAGUUGCUGAAAGCAGCAACGAUAAACGUCCUUUAUCAGAUAAGCGGGGCACGUUUCCUGUACGCACAAGGAAGACGCACAAGGAAGACGCUUGCGCUCAAGCACUCCAAGCGCACGGGCAACACCAAGUGCAUAAAAAAGACAUUUAAAACGAAAUAAAAUCGUCCAUCUAAUAAGAUGACGGACGGCCCAAGACAACGCAGCAGCACGGCGGGAUCUGCCAAGGAUGGUGCCGCUGUGAAGGAGUCAGGAGGAGGUGUUGCGCUCAAGAAGGAGAUCGGGCUGGUGAGCGCCUGCGGUAUUAUUAUUGGUAACAUUAUUGGCUCAGGUAUCUUCGUCAGCCCAAAGGGUGUGAUGGAGAAUGCCAGCUCAGUGGGCGUGGCUUUGAUCGUCUGGAUCAUCACCGGCAUCAUCACCGCCAUCGGGGCGUUGUGCUACGCCGAGCUAGGCGUCACCAUCCCC